AUGGAGACUGACGCUGAAAAGAACAUUGCUAUCUGGAAAGUCAGAAAAUUGAUCAAAUCCUUAGAGAAAGCCAGAGGUAAUGGUACCUCGAUGAUUUCGCUAGUGAUCCCUCCCAAAGGCCAAAUCUCGAUGAUACAGCGGAUGCUAACAGACGAAUACGGUACCGCUUCAAAUAUCAAGUCUAGGGUUAAUCGUUUGUCUGUCCUGGGUGCAAUCACAUCGACCCAGCAAAAGCUAAAACUGUACACAAAAGUGCCACCUAAUGGGCUUGUGCUGUACUGUGGUGACAUCAUCACCGAAGAAGGUAAAGAGAAGAAGGUUACAAUUGAUAUCGAGCCAUAUAAGCCAAUCAACACUUCCCUGUACCUAUGUGAUAACAAAUUUCACACCGACGUGCUGUCAGAGCUGCUCGAAGCCGACGAGAAGUUUGGUUUCAUCGUCAUGGAUGGUCAAGGUUCCUUGUUUGGUUUGCUUUCAGGUAACACUAGAACGGUGUUGCAUAAGUUCACUGUCGACCUGCCAAAAAAGCACGGUAGAGGUGGUCAAUCCGCACUUCGUUUCGCUCGUUUGAGAGAAGAAAAAAGACAUAACUACGUUAGAAAAGUGGCCGAAGUAGCGGUGCAAAACUUUAUUACGAACGAUAAGGUCAACGUAAAAGGUUUGAUUUUGGCUGGUUCUGCCGAUUUCAAGACUGAUUUGGCUAAAUCCGAACUUUUCGAUCAAAGGCUGGCAACAAGAAUAAUCAAGAUCGUCGAUAUUUCAUAUGGUGGUGAAAAUGGUUUCAACCAAGCCAUUGAGCAAUCGGCAGAAGCUUUAGCCAACGUCAAGUUUAUCCAAGAAAAGAAGUUGAUUACAAACUACUUCGAUGAAAUUUCUCAAGAUACCGGUAAAUUUUGUUACGGUAUUGAUGACACUCUUAAGGCGCUUGACUUAGGGGCUGUGGAGAUUCUUAUUAUUUUCGAGAAUUUGGAUACUAUCAGAUACACUUUCAGGGACUCCGAAGAAAGCGACGUUUUGAGAUUUGCUGAACCCGACCAAGAAGACAAGUCGUAUACCAUCGACAAAGCUACUGGUUUAGAAAUGGAGUUAGUGGAGGAACAACCGUUGGUUGAGUGGCUAGCCGAGAAUUACAAAAAUUACGGUGCCACAUUGGAAUUUGUAACUGAUAAAUCUUCGGAAGGUGCACAAUUUGUUACAGGGUUUGGUGGUAUCGGUGCUAUGCUACGUUAUAAGGUAAACUUCGAGCAGUUGGUAGAGGAAUCAGAUGAUGAAUACUACGAUGACGAUGGCUCUGAUUACGACUUCAUCUAA